CUAAGCAUAUAAAAAUAAGAUUUUCUGUUUAUUACCCCUCUCCGUUCCAUCAAACGAGAAACAGGAAGGACAAAUUAACAAUGGCUACUCUCACAGUACCACAAGAAGUUCCUUCUCCUACCCAAGACUCUGAAACGCUUAGAAAAGCUUUCAAAGGAUGGGGAACUGAUGAGAAGGCUGUGAUUCAAGUAUUGGCUCAUAGGAAUGCAACUCAACGAAAGAUCAUUCGAGACACUUAUCAACAAUUAUACAAUCAAUCCCUCAUUGAUUCUCUUGAUUCUGAGCUUUCAGGUGAUUUUGGGAGAGCAGUGAUCUUAUGGACAUACGAUCCAGCAGAAAGAGAUGCGAGGCUUGUGAACAAAGCGUUAAAGUCCAAGAAUAAAAGCCUUGAUAAACUAAAAGUAAUAAUCGAAGUUUCUUGUGCGUCGUCUCCUCACCAUCUGCUCGCUGUAAGAAAGUGCUACUGUUCCCUCUUUGAAUGUUCAAUCGAAGAAGACAUAAUCGUUAAUGCCCCACCAUCUGUGAGAAAGAUUCUAGGUUGCUUGGUAAGUUCCUUCAGGUUCGAUGGGGCAGUUGUAGAUUUGGAUGUGGCAGAUGAUGAAGCAUCCAAGUUACAAGAAGCUGUUAAAUUGAAGCAAUUAGAUCAGGAUAUUGUUAUGUGGAUACUUAGCACGAGGAACGUGUUCCAGCUCAAAGCCACGUUCGAAUCCUACCAUAAAAAAUAUGGAUUUCUCCUUCACGAGGAUAUCAAGGAUUACAGCAAUGAUCUAUUGGUAUCGUUGGUGAUAAUUGUGAUUAAAUGCAUUAUUUCCCCUGAGAGACAUUUUGUUGAGGUGAUCAAAGCUGCAACUGACGGUUGGGGUACAGAUGAAGAUGCGCUAACAAGAGCAAUUAUAAGUCGAGCUGAAAUAGAUCUAAUUAAAGUGAAAAAAGCAUAUUUGGAUAUGCACAAAACAAGCCUUGACAAGCUGGUUAAAGACGAGACUUCUGCAGAUUAUGGGGCUUUUUUGAUGGCAUUGUUGGGACAAUAACUCGGAUUCUUCUGUACAUGUACAAGGUACAAGGUAUGCUUGGAGAUGAACAUGAUGUAUGUGUGAGUUUGAAUCAUGGUUUGAACUUUCUAUUUAUAAAGAGAGAGUUGUUGAAUUAUGUUUGUUAUUCGGGUCAUGUUGUUUAUACAUAUAAUGGGUCCAUUUUCCAUCAUGGUAGCC